UCUUGACAAUUCACACUCCCAACAAUCAAGAUUUCAAAGGUAAAGCCCAAGUGAUCACAUUCAUCCCACCCAAAGGAGGUUUCUUGAAAAUCUUUCAUUAAACCUUUUUUUGCUGCUUCCUCUUCUUGUUUUUCGUUUUAUGAUCAAAAGAAAACAAGAAAACGUUAAUUUAAACCUUUCCAAAACCCUAACUUACCUUUCUUCCCUUUCCGCCGAUAUACAAACUUAAACCAUUUCAUCUUUGUUUGCAUCUGCGCUCAGGAGAUUCAAUUAGUUGUGGAGUGUUUUUUUUCCCCAAGAAACAAUGUCACUGUGUUUUGCUCCUCAAUUUGCGUCAAUUAGCUUCUCAGAAUUCCAUUCUCAAAAGCUAUUGGGUUCAUUUGCUUCACCAAAAAGGGACUUUCGAGUAUAUGCCAUGUCAGCAGUUGCAAAUGACGCAUCAAAUUUCAUCCCUGCAGCUCCAAUAUUUUUACCUGAAGGACCAUGGAAGCAGAUUCCUGGUGGGGUUACUGCUGCUGAGGGAUUCAAAGCUGCAGGGAUGUAUGGAGGAUUACGGGCCGUAGGACAGAAGCCUGAUCUUGCACUAGUGACUUGCGAUGUAGAUGCCGUAGCUGCAGGGGCAUUUACUAAAAAUGUGGUUAAAGCUGCACCCGUUCUUUAUUGCAGAAGUAUGUUAGAAAAUUCUACAACGGCUCGUGCAGUGUUGAUAAAUGCUGGUCAAGCAAAUGCAGCCACGGGGGAUGCAGGUUACCAAGAUGUAAUAGAUUGUUCAAAUACCCUUGCUAAGUUACUUCAAGUGAGGCCAGAUGAAAUAUUGAUAGAAUCAACUGGUGUGAUUGGUCAACGAAUAAAGAAGGAGCCUCUUCUCAGUUCACUUCCUAAAUUAAUUAGUUUACUUUCAUCAAGCAUAAAGGGAGCAGAUUCUGCUGCUGUGGCAAUAACAACAACCGAUCUUGUGAGCAAGAGCGUGGCAGUAGAGUUUGAGGUUGGCGGCACCCACAUAAGAAUCGGGGGAAUGGCAAAAGGCUCCGGAAUGAUCCAUCCAAAUAUGGGAACACUUCUUGGUGUUAUAACCACUGAUGCUCUUGUAGAUACUGAUAUCUGGCGAAAGAUGGUACAGGUUGCUGUAAAUCGAAGUUUUAACCAAAUUACUGUAGACGGGGAUACCAGCACCAAUGAUACCAUUAUCGCUUUGGCUAGUGGGCUAUCUGGAUCAAACAGGAUAUCGUCACAGCACAGUUCUGAGGCAACACAACUACAAAUGUGCCUUGAUGCAGUAAUGCAAGGGCUUGCUAAAUCAAUAGCCUGGGAUGGAGAAGGGGCAACGUGUCUCAUGGAGGUCACUGUAACUGGUGCGGGCAGUGAAGCUGAAGCAGCAAAGAUCGCACGUUCAGUAGCAUCUUCAUCACUUACCAAGGCUGCAAUCUAUGGUAGGGAUCCAAAUUGGGGACGCAUAGCUUGUGCUGCAGGAUAUGCAGGAAUUCCUUUUGACUCGAAUGCACUCAGAAUAGCACUUGGAGAUAUUCUGCUUAUGGAUGGAGGGCAACCACUUCCGUUUGAUAGGUCUGCGGCUAGUAAUUAUCUCAAGGAAGCUGGUGACACCCAUGGCACCGUCAAAAUUGAAAUUUCCAUAGGGGAUGGACCAGGAACAGGGUUAGCUUGGGGAUGUGAUUUAAGUUACGAUUAUGUUAAGAUUAAUGCCGAGUACACCACCUAGAUAAUCUGCACUUUCCUUAUGAGCUAAGAUAAGAAGACAUGCAUGCUCGGUUAAGUGGUGCCUCUUCUGCAAAAAGAGAGAAAACAAAGCAAUUCCUAUGGGCUAUAGUUGAAAUCGGCCUUGGCUUACACAAAGGUUUCUCUGUGCUUGCAAAGGUUCAUUCAUCUAUUCCAUUCCAUUUUCUGGAUCUUAUUUACAUGAGAAUCCACAACAUGAUAAUGGAAUUGGGGGAAACGAGCUAUGCAAAUCCAUUCCAUCUUGUGAAUCUCUCAAGAACCGAUAGUUGUUUUUUUUCAUUUAUUGUAAGAACCAUGACGAGAUAAUUCCUAUGCAAGUUUUCCAAUCAUAUCAUGGAUGAAACUGUCCGUAGUGAUCAUGGUUUUACCGGAGAACUUGGUUCAGGACCUUGUUGAGACAUGGUCUAUGUAAGACAAAUUUGCUAUCCUUUACUUGCUAGAGAAUUGUGGACGUGUCUAUCUAUCAGGAUAUAAUAAUCGAUAGAUAGUGUAGCAUGAAGGGAUUAUUUCGGCAAACCGAAGGCAGAGCCGGAAUGUAUUUUGGGCGGUGGGGUGGUGGUACAAUUUAACUGUAAAAACAAACUUGUUG